AUGGCUACUGGAACAGCCACCGGAUUACUUUACUCCAAUCAUUUUCCUCUCCCUAUUGUCUCCUCAUCCUCUUCUGAUGGGAUUAGCUCAAAGUCUGUGAAACCCAGAGAUGAGUGGAGACGAAAGUCCAGACCGAUCCCUCCCGGUGGAACCUACCCCGCCAAGGAUCACUGCAGCCGAUGCGGGUUAUGCGAUACAUACUACAUUGCCCAUGUGAAGAAUGCCUGCGCAUUCUUGGGAGAUGGCAUGUCUAGAAUUGAAGCUCUUGAACCAAUCGUUCACGGUCGAGGAAGAAAAAUAGAUUCAUUGCAAGAGACGUACAUGGGAGUUUAUGAGGACCUACUUUAUGCUCGUAAAAUCAAUCCUGUAGCAGGGGCUCAGUGGACUGGUAUAGUGACCACAAUUGCAAUUGAGAUGCUUAGAACUGGCAUGGUUGAAGCUGUUGUAUGUGUUCAGAGGACUCCAGAGGAAGUUCUUGCUGCUAAAGGAGUUAAACCCACACUGUCUCCUAAUCUUAAUACUCUGGCAUUAGUUGAGGCUGCUGGCGUGAAACGUCUUCUGUUCUGUGGUGUUGGUUGCCAAGUGCAAGCUCUAAGAUCAGUGGAGCAUCAUCUGCAUCUGGAAAAGCUUUAUGUUCUUGGCACUAAUUGCGUGGAUAACGGAACGCGAGAAGGCUUAGAUAAGUUUCUGAAGGCUGCUAGUAAUGAACCAGAAACUGUUCUUCAUUAUGAAUUCAUGCAAGAUUACAAGGUUCAUUUGAAGCAUUUAGAUGGCCACAUCGAAGAGGUCCCCUAUUUCUGUCUCCCAGCAAACGAAUUAACUGAUGUGAUUGCUCCUUCCUGCUAUAGCUGUUUUGACUACACGAAUGCUUUAGCGGAUUUGGUGGUCGGUUACAUGGGUGUGCCAAAAUAUGGUGGAGUUAGCAUGACACAACAUCCACAAUAUGUCACUGUUCGAAAUGAACGUGGAAGAGAGAUGUUAAAUCUGGUAAAAGAUCUUCUGGAAAUUACUCCCACAGUUAGUCAGGGUCAAAGGCAUCCGUUUGUUAUGGAAACUGUAAAGGCUGACGAUGAUGCUAAAUUAGGCAAAGGUCCGUCUCAACCCGCCCCAAGAUUCAUCGGCAACUUAAUAGCAUUCUUUUUAAAUCUGAUUGGUCCAAAGGGUCUUGAAUUUGCCCGUUAUUCAUUGGAUUACCACACCAUCAGAAACUACCUUUAUGUCAAUCGUGCUUGGGGAAGACAACGAGCUGACAGGCACAUACCGUCUUACGCAAAGAAAUUAGUGUCUUUGUACAACCAAAACGGCGAAAUUGAUCGAAUGCUUUCUAACAAAUGA